CUGCAACCAUACCAGAGGCCACAACAUCUUGUUCUUCAUAUCUUCAUAAUUCUCCUUACUUUCUCUUUUUCUUACUAUGCAAUAUCUGCCUUUUUUCAGGACACCGCUGCCCGCCUCCGGAGAUUACGGAAACUUCGCCACUCUGCCAACUCAGAAGCGGAUGGUGGAAGUGGAAGUCGGGUGGUGCUAGAAGGCAUGCGUCGGGUUGCCAGAGAGAAGGAGCGCCUUCUACGGCAGAAGCAAGAAGCCGCAGACGAGGAGGAGCGACAGACAAAUGCAAAGCGCUGGCAGGAUUGUCUGGCCAAGCCACUUCUCGAUUACAGCCGCAUAUUUGAUGAGGUGCUUAUUAUCAACGCUUUCGUAUUCUUGUUUGUUGCAAGGAUAUGUUAA